CCCGAACUUUCUCCGCGCCUCGACGUCUUGCGACACGACUGCAUUCAGCGUCGCCUCAACGCGACGUCUAUCUAGAGCUCGAAAUGGCCGUGAAAAUGGCCGAAACAAUGUCGAGAUACAGAGGGUCUCUCAUUGAUCUGAACGACGGUCUGGACGCCCUCUGGACAAGCUACUUGAACCACCUGCAUCAGUACACUGCGGCGCAGAAACUAUUGCAACAACACAUGAGCGCCGGCUUCUUAUCACUGGCCAGAGCGGACUUCACGGCGAGUGGAGGUGUGCGGAAAUAUGGGAAGGACUACUAUCACGAGCGAGCCCUUGCUACCAGAAGAGCCACCAUUAGCCCCUCGGAGGAAGAUCAGCGGCUCGAGGUCGCGAUUGUCUCGCUGACCAACAUCGAACCCCAAGACCCCCAAGCAGGCCCAACGGACGCUCCCACGGCCGUUUCGGAGGACGAUAAGCCCGAGCAACCAAAUCCUGAACUGGACAAGCCAAACCCGAAGCUCGACGAGAAACCUGAUGCUCCAACACCUUCGCCAUCUGAUCCCAUCCCCACCACUGACCAGGAGGAGACCCCCGAAGAUCUCAAACGCAAGAAUCUGGCCAUGAACCCCUUGCGCUGGUUCGGCGUCUUGGUUCCGCCGGACUUGCGCUCAUCGCAAAAGUCCUUUGCCGCAGGCGUUGACAACGCUGUCGCGGAUGCCGUCAAUGCGGCACGCGCAAUGCGCGAGAUUGAAGUUGCCAUUCGCAAAGCGAGGAAGGACAUCCAGAAGGCUGAGAGAUUGGGAGUGUGAUACUACGGGAGGGUGGGCCAUGUAUAAUGAACUCGCGGUACUGUGUGCAGCAAACCCUCUUACCUGCUGCAACACAUGACGAAGGACGACUUCAAAACAGAUACGAGUGACACGACUGGACA